UUGGACGCCGUGUAGCAUCUAGCGCGUAGGUAUAUUAUUGUGUGGCCGUUCUUCCUUGUGUCGCUGGCGAAAUCUACUUGUUCUAAGAAAAUGGCAGAUGUUACCAAAGAAGAUCUCGAAAAGGAAAUCGCGAAAAUCCUCAAAAAUGCAAACCUGGCAGAGACCUCCACCAAGAAGGUCAUCCAGAAGCUGGAGAAGGUGUUUGACACCGACUUAGCUGAUAAGAAGAAGAUAAUCGACCAGCUGGUCAUGGAUUAUGUGAACAGUAAGGAGUCUGAAGAAGAAGAAGAGGAAGAGGAGGACGAGGAAGAAGAAGAAGAGGUACCAGAAAAAAAGCCAGCCAAGAGAGCUGCUCCGCCCACUAAGGCUGCCUCUAAGAAAACCAGAAAAGAAAGUACUGAAGAAGAUGAGGAAGAUGGCACCAAUGAAAGCGAAUCUGAGGAAGAGAAAAAGAAGAAGCCUGCACCAAAGAAGGGCAAGAAGAAGAAGGGAUCAGAGGAUUCCGACAGCGAUUGGGGAAAGAGGAAGGAGAAAGCUCCUAAGGCUAAGAAGGCUGGUGGUCGCGGGAAAGGCAGCGGCUACACCCGCGCGUAUAAACUGUCAUCAGCUCUCGCUGAACUAAUGGGACAGGAGGAGAUGCCACGCCACGAAGUAGUCAAACGCGUCUGGACGAUCAUCAAGGAGAAGAAUCUUUACGACCCCAACAACAAACAGUUCGCCAUUUGCGACGACGCUCUCUACAAGGUCAUCGGUACGAAGAGAUUCCGUACAUUUGGAAUGAUGAAAUAUCUAAAAACGCAUUUUCUCGACGAGUAAAUAGACUAAUUUUAGUGUAUCGUAACAUGUAAGACUAAAAUAAGUAAUACAAUAUUUAAUUAUAAUACAAAAUUAAAAAGAGACUGUAACCAAGUUUCGGUUUCUAUACAACCUCUUUUACGGGAUUUACUAAUUAAAGCAUGCUACGCAGGUUUGGUCUUAGUCAAUUUAAUUUUUUUUGACCAAUCUUUAGUCGAAACCGAUACUUGGAUUGGUAACUAUUUAAUUAUAAUGAAAGAUAAAAUAAAUAUUGAAAGUACUAUUAAGUAUUUGUCUUUAUAGCGUUUAAAUGUAAUAUAUAUAAAUUAAGUAAUGUGGAUUUAAAAAUUGAUAAGUCGACACAAUAUCUUUGUUGAAUGAAUUCGUGUUAAUCUUAAGUGAGAGGUUACACCUUCAUUUCAUUAAGUUAGGUUUUGUAAAAUCUAAAUUUAUUUUGAGUUAUUAAAAUAAAUAAUUAUAAAAUUA